AGGCUCUAUAUUAAUGCGCGCCUGGAGUGAUAGGACUAUUUUGUUUAUUUUUAGAAUUUGGUAUUUUGAUAUUCAAUAAGUAAUUUCAAGAUAUUAUUUUAAAUUCUAUUUUAUACAACUUCAUGGAAAACUAUUGGAUUUAGAUUAGGCUUUAUGGUAUUUAUGUAAGAGGAUUAACUUGUGAGAUUAAAAGCUUCCGCCUUUGUCAUUUACUGCAAGAUAGCGGACGAAGCUUUAUGGGUGUCGGCGUAAGUUCAAUGAUUGGACUCCAAAUCCAAUUGGAGUGUAUUGUGCUAACUUCUGGCUGUUGACGUUAUAGUUUUGCAUCUGAUUUUUUAUUAAAUUGUGUUCGUUAAUUGGAUAAACAACAGUUCCACUGGUUUAGCAAACUGUAUAAAAAUUUAUGGACAUUUUCUGUCGGAAAGAUUUUUACUUUAGACCUGCACAUUUGAUUUUGAGUCCAUACUUUAAAAAAAAAAACGUUUUUUAGUGUAGCCUGCCAUCGUUGUCACACAUCGUUGUCGGCUACCGAUAGAUCUUGAUUUAAUUGAUCACUGCAAGGCCUGAUGGUAGAUAAGGACUGGACUUGGACCUGACAGAGCCAAAAUGAGCUUUAGCAGUGAUGAGGUCAACUUCCUUGUCUAUCGUUAUUUACAGGAAUCAGGUUUCCUCCAUUCUGCAUACACUUUUGGGAUAGAGAGUCAUAUUAGUCAGUCAAACAUUAAUGGGGCAUUGGUGCCGCCGGCAGCAUUGUUGAACAUAAUACAGAAAGGAUUACAAUAUACAGAGUCUGAAAUCAGCAUAGGAGAGGAUGGAGCUGAAAGGACAAUGGAAUCUCUGUCUUUGAUUGAUGCUGUGAUGCCAGAUGUAGUGGAGUCUAGGAAGCAAGCCAUCACCAAAAGUAACCAGGUCAAAACGGAAACCAGUAAUACUAAUGGAGACAAUGGCACACAUGGGGCUGUUGAUAACCACACUGAGUCAAUGGAAGUGGAUGGUGCAGUAGACAUCCCCAGUAACAAGGCCACAGUUCUCAGAGGACAUGAGUCAGAAGUCUUCAUUUGUGCCUGGAACCCCACUAAUGAUUUAUUGGCAUCUGGCUCUGGAGACUCAACAGCCAGGAUCUGGAAUAUGAACGACAACAACAGUACCUCUAGUGCUAGCCAAUUGGUUUUGAGACAUUGUAUACAGAAAGGAGGAACUGAAGUCCCAAGUAACAAAGAUGUCACCUCACUGGAUUGGGUGUGUGAUGGUAGUUUAUUAGCCACAGGAUCCUAUGAUGGUUUUGCCAGGAUAUGGAGUAUAGAUGGUCGUUUGGUCAACACACUCGGCCAACACAAAGGACCAAUAUUUGCUUUGAAGUGGAACAAAAGAGGAAACUAUAUUCUGAGUGCAGGAGUUGAUAAGACCACCAUCAUUUGGGAUGCCAACACAGGAAGCUGUACUCAACAGUUUGCUUUCCAUUCAGCUCCAGCCUUAGAUGUGGACUGGCAGAACAAUACCACAUUUGCCUCAUGUUCAACAGACCAGUGUAUUCAUGUUUGUCGUCUGGGGGAAACCAGACCAGUCAAAACAUUCCAGGGACACACUAAUGAAGUGAAUGCUAUUAAAUGGGACCCUCAAGGCCAGCUGUUGGCAUCUUGUUCAGAUGACAUGACAUUAAAAAUUUGGAGUAUGAAGAAUGACCAGUGGGUCCAUGACCUUCAAGCCCACAGCAAAGAGAUCUACACUAUUAAAUGGAGUCCAACUGGUGGUGGCACCAAUAACCCAAACCAGAAUUUGAUAUUGGCCAGUGCAUCAUUUGACUCGACUGUUCGCUUGUGGGAAGUAGAACAUGGCAGAUGUUUACACACGUUGACCAAACAUACAGAACCAGUUUACAGUGUAGCUUUCAGUCCUGAUGGCAAAUACAUAGCCAGUGGCUCUUUUGAUAAAUGUGUACAUAUUUGGAAUGUUCAGACUGGCCUGUUGGUACAUAGCUAUCGUGGCACAGGAGGUAUAUUUGAAGUCUGUUGGAAUCACAGGGGUGAUAAAGUUGGAGCCAGUGCCUCUGAUGGAUCGGUUGUGGUACUUGACUUGAGGAAGUAGUCUAGGACUUUGGAUCUUCUCCCCUACCUCCUGUGAUGGAGAGGGCUGGUCCCUGCUCCUUCUGUUGCCUCCUCUGCUGUGCCAGGGGAAUGAACUGGUCAACUUUUACUUUCUCUCGAGGCUCACUUCUGGAGAGAGAGCACGAGUGACAGGAGCACUGUGUCCACCGCCAGACAGCCAACACUGCGUUGGCUCCAGUCUGACCAAAGUCUGGACUGUCAAUUGUGGUCCACACAGUUCAAGAUCUUUUGCCAUAACAUAUGUUGACAUUUUAUUGUGGAGUAUUUUGUAUUUUCUUCAAGGAUAAUUUCCUCUCGACGCUGUGUCUGUGUGGUGCCAGAAUGUUGUCAGUCACUAAGAACUAUUCCUCUGUUUGAACAUGGCAGCAUCAUUACAAGCCUCUUUGAGUUAGCUCAUUAUGUUCUAUUUGAAUUAAUGUAUAUAGUAUUAUACAAUAGUUUUAAAAAAAAACAAACAUAUUUCCAUCUAGGUUUAAAACUAGUCAGAAAUGAUUUGUCUCCUUUGACAUUUGUAUUUUGGUUAUGUAUGGGACUUGUUUUAUUUGAAGGCUAGUCACUUUUUAGUUCCCCUAAACCAGAUCCUCCUGCCCCCAGUCCAUCUGAAUAUUUGAAACUUUGUGAUGCUAGGUCAGUAGUUUUAAACCAGACAACCCCUAUAUACAGUGUGCUUGCGCUAUCUCUUCUCGCUAUCUUUUCUCACAUUGACGUGUCCUUAUAAAGCUAUGCUGCUUUUAGUGUCUCACACAAACUCCCAAUGAAUAGAAUGACACUACUUGUCCAACCAACACUGCUAUGUGUGAAGCUAGUUUUCUUAGAGUGAAAAUUUAUCUAUAUGCAAGCAAUGAGAUCUACAUUGGUCCUUCCUGAUCCAAGUAGUCACAGUAUGUGUUUUGUUCAAUUGAAUAGAUAAUGUGCUGGUUGUAGACGAGUACAAAAGUUGAUAGUUUAUCAGAACUAGUUCAAUCUGUUCCUUUGGUAGUGGCUUUCACUACAGAAAAAGAAAUCUGGAAAAAGCUACUUUUUCACAAAAAUUGUUUCACAUCUGUUUGUAAAUAUUUAAUCAAAUAGAGAAAAAAAUUAUUAUUAAAGGCUUUAUGUAGAAAUGGCAAUUUUGUGUUAUUGGAUUUCAGUCAACUUAUUGCAUUUGAAAAGUACAUAGCUUGAUCAGCUAUUUCUUGUACACAGCUUUUUAGGCGUCUGACAGAACUUUGUAAGCUUUUUAUGAAAAUCUUUUUUUUUUUUUCACAUGAGUCCUAAGGACAAAUCAACAUAUCAAAUGUAUGAGCAGCAAUGGUAAACAGUCGUUGAUGUUAACUCUAUAUGUCUCAGCUCUGCACUGCCAUAAUGAAGAUCCAGUUGUAUUUGUGUUUGCUGUACAAGCUAGCUUCAGGAUUUCAACUUGCCAAACUUUUUACUCUAGAAAAAUUCUCAGGCAAAACUAUAAUGCUAUAAUUUGUUACAAUGGAAUUGGGUGGUGACUACAUUUUGGUAUUUGCACCAGUUCAAUCUGAUGAGCCAAUCUUCAAUGAUAGGUUGGAAAUCUUUGUUUAGGGGAAGGGAAAAAAAAACAAAUUCCUUUUUAUUUGAAUUGUUCAAGUAGAAAUCAAAGACUAUCACGCCAUUUGUCGAGCAAUAUUACACUUAAAUAGUUCAAAUUCAAUUAUAGAUUCAUAAAAGUAGAACCAAUAUAAAGCUUGAUAUGAAAUGAAUGGACCCUAAUAGAAGGUCGUCUUCUCUAUAACGUAGUUUUUAAUGUAAAAACAUUUAGUAGUUGAAAUGGAAUCCUAAUUAUGUCCCCUACAUAUUUACAUGUAUCAAUGUAGAAACUUGAGGCAACUAGAAGCUAAUGAAUUUUUUAAAUUAAAAAAUCUUCCUGUUUACAUUUCUCUUGCAACCUUAACAUAGUAGACCAAGUGACAAGUAGUCUAUACUAGAAUAUAUUAGAGAUUUGUCUAUACUAUACUAGUAUAUAUUACAGAUUUGUCUAUACUAUACUAGUAUAUAUUACAGAUUUGACUUUGAUCACAUUGUCUUAACUCAAAAUGCUGGUAGGAUACCUUUAGAGUUGCAGAUAAUUUCAUUCAGAAAUUUGAAACUUUUUUUUUUGUCCAAUUGGAAAUUCUUUUUUGGACAAGCUGUCAAAGUUUCUCUCAUUGAGGUCAAAAUUUUAAUUUUUUAACUUUCUGGCUGCUAUCUGUUCUCUCCUUCACAUUUCAUGUUGGGUAAAGAUUUACAUGACUUGUUAGAAUGAGGACAUUGUGUACAUUUCUGUAAGAGAAUCAAACCAAAGACAGGUGAGUGGAAGUGUGGUUAUUGAUUGCAACGCUGCUCAAAACUUUUGAAGUAAAAAUCUGUCAAGUGGUAAUAGCAAGAAAUUUGAUGUACAUGAUUCUCUUCUCAACCUGAUGUACAAACCAAAUUAAUGUAUAGACGAAUCUAUUCACUUAUCAAAUAUAAUGUUGAUAUAUUUUGAUUUUUAAAAUGUGACAAUGGACCCUACACUUAGCCACCAAGUGGAAUAGAUGCCUUUUCUGUGCUUCUAGUAGUCUGAGACUUUUGAAUGAGCAGCUAGGGACACAUUGUUUUGUAUCCUUGGCUUUUAACUUUGAAUCAUGAGUCCCUUGAAUGAUUGUGUUACAGCGGACAUAGACUCCCAUUGUCAAGACAUGAUAUUCAUGUUUGGAUUAUAUGCCAUUGUUGUUUUAGGAAGACAUUUUGCCAGAGUAACUCCAGGGAUUUGGACAUUUUGUAUUGUAUAUGUUGAAAUGAUUUGCAGUUAAGAUUUGAACAAUUCAAAUAAACUUAUUGUCAGUUCAAUAGCCUCAUUCAAUAUUUUUGAAACAGUCAAACUUGGAUUAAAAUGUAACAUUCAAAAUGUUCAGUUUCCUAAUCUGUUCAUUGAUUAGCCUUUAAACCUAAACUUAGCUGUUCAAUCUUGUAGGGCUACAUCCCUCAUUCCAAGUAGUUGACCCCCUUUUAGAAUCAUCUUAACGUUCGAAGCUCAAAAUCGUAGCUGUCAAUUUUAAUAUCAAGAUCCAUCCCUUUUUAAAGGAUUUUUUAAAGUUGUUUUAACUUGAACUUAAGGAUUUCUAAAUCUUAUGGGCACAACUUGUCCUAAAUUGUGCCUGUUUGCCCUAAAAUCUAAUAAAUCUUUGAGUACUGGUACCAAGUAGGACAAAACCUCUGGCCAGCAUUUGUUAUUGAGACUUGUUUAGCUAUAUGACUUUGUUUGCCAACACAGGUAAACAAAAAAACAAAUCAUGUUGAUUUGACUGAGUUUUGACUAAUUAAAAAGGUAAACAAAUAGAUUUGAUGCUGAAAU